AUGUGGUGGUCCAUAGAGCUUCCAUUUACCAACCUGGAAGUGGCAUUCAUCUUAUUGGCCUUUGUUAUCUUUUCAUUAUUUACUGCGGCUUCCAUCUACACUAACCCGGACGAGGGGAAUGAAGGGGAAGAACAGCAGAUAAAGAAAAAGAAAAUCAGAAAGUCUGGAAAGAAGAAAAGUUGUUCAGAGGAAGAACACAAAAUUGAACUUAUUUAG